AUGCCGGACUUUGAAUACCAAAAACCCGUGAUUCUCUCACGACGCACCUUGGACACCAAAGAAGCCGAAUGGAAGAGAUUAGUCAAGACAAUCUAUCGCGAUCCUAAUGGGGUGCAGAGAACCUGGGAAUCUGCCGAGAUGCAGACUCGACCGGCGGACAGUGACUUCGACGGAGUCAGUAUCGUGGCCACUUUGAACAAGCCAACGGGUCCGGAACUGGUCUUAUUAAAACAGUACCGACCUGCUCUGGACAAGGUGGUCAUUGAGAUCCCCGGAGGCCUAAUUGACCCCGGAGAGACCGCAGAGCAAUGCGCGGUGCGGGAGCUCAAGGAGGAAACUGGUUUUGUGGGUGAGGUGGAAAGAAUAAGCAGAACUCUGUUCAAUUCUCCCGGGUUCUGCAAUAACAACUUCAAACUCGCUUAUGUGAAUGUGGACCUGUCUUUGCCGGAGAAUCAGAACCCAAGCCCAGAGUUAGAGGAGGAAGAGUUUAUCGAGGUCUUCACGCUCCCUAUGAAGUCACUCUUUUUAGAUAUCAAGAGGCUCGAGAAAGAGGGCUUCGCCAUCGAGACUCGGGUUGUUGCACUCGCGGAGGGUCUUGAGCUGGCCAGGAAAUGGAACUUAUGA